AUGUCUACUACAACCACAGCCCUUGAUCUAAAGACUGAGGAGAUCCACUCCUCAACCUUGUCUGUGAGAUCCACCAGUACUUCAUACACGCUCAUCGAGAACUCGUCUUCAUUUCGUCCGUCGCGCAUUUUGACCGUCAAUGCGAAAGGAAUCGGUGCCUUUCGCCUUCCACUACCAUCUCGCCAGACCGAGAUCUAUGUCUACAACCCCGAUGGCACUGAGGCGUAUGUAUCCACCCGCGAUAAGCGCUAUUCGGGCAGUGCGGUCUUGUCUCACCCCAAGCGCGGAGAUAUUAUCCGAACCGAGUACUUCUUCGGCCCGAACCGUGAGCCUAUUGUGCAUUUACUCCAAAGCUCCAGUGACAUGCCGCAGGAAGUGACUGUCUCUGGGAAGUGGAGCUCGCGCACAAUGCGCUUCGGCGUGCCUGGAGGUAAACUGUUUGAAUGGGAAUAUGCCAAGGAGAAACGGCCCGAUGGACAGAAGGUCAAUUUGAUCGUUUUCCGUGCAGUGGACGGAGACACGGGGAAGGGUAAAGAGUCCAAGGGCCGGAGGAUUGCGCAGUUGGUUCGCGGCGAGGAUACCCGGACGCCCGGUACAUCGCGAAGUACUGCGGGCAAUGGGGGUGAAUUGCAGAUUGAUGAGACGGCGGUACAGUCGGCUGAACUGGACGAGGCGAUCAUCGUUGCAACUUGUCUGAUGAUGUUGAAGAAAGAGAUUGACCGACGCCGAAUGAUCCAAUUCGCAAUUAUCGCGGGAGCGGGUGGUACUUGA